GAAGGUACAUUUGAGUAAAGAAAAGAAAAGAUCUGCUGUGGUUGCCGGUCAGAACAGAGCUUCAUCAUGGCCGCCUUGAAGGAGAAGAGGACUUGUGGGCAACGAUGUGAGGACUUCGGACAUUUUGUCUGGAACUCAGACAAUGGGACGUUAAUGGGGAGAACACCAGAGAAAUGGGUGUACAUCAGUCUGUAUUACGUGGCCUUCUACAUUGUGAUGACGGCCCUCUUCAGUCUGGCCAUCUGGACGCUCAUGUACACCUUGUGUCCGUACGCGCCGGACUAUCAAGACCGGUUAAAAUCUCCGGGGGUAAUGGUAUGGCCAGACACGUAUGGGGAGGAGAUUGUCGAAAUCAUCUACAACACAUCAGACAAGGCCAGCUGGAUGAAGAUGACCAACAUCCUUAAUGAGUUCCUGAAGCCCUACAACGACACCAAACAGCUUGAAUGUAACAACUACAACUGCACUAAAGGAAAGUACUUCUUCCAGAACACCUACUCCGCCCCUCACCACACCAAGUGGGCAUGCCCCUUCACGCAAAGCAUGCUGGGACCCUGCUCAGGAUUUGAGGACCCAACCUUUGGCUACAAUUGCUCCAUGCCUUGUGUCGUCAUCAAGAUGAACAGGAUCAUCAGCUUUCUGCCCACGAAUCACACCAGCACUCCCCCAUAUGUCAACUGCACCAUACUGGAAGGAUAUGACAAUGUGGCCAAAAUGGAGUAUUUCCCUGACAGGGGAAUUAUGGAUCUCUCUUACUUCCCUUACUACGGAAGGCUGGCACAGCCCACUUAUGUCAACCCGUUGGUGGCUGUUCGGUUCAACCUGGUCGGAGAGAAGACAGCCAAGAUCCAGUGCAGAGUGGUCUCCGAGAAGAUCAGCUACCAAAACCCCUACGACCCCUAUGAGGGGAAAGUCACCUUCCUCCUCAAAGCAGUGAAAUGAGAAGCAGAGGAGAGGAUGUCCUGUAAUCAUGUAACAACUAACCAGUCAGUAUCAAAGAUAGAGCG